AUGGAUGAGUCCGAGAAGCAGCAGAGCCAGACGGCCGGCGAACGCAUCCGCUGGGACGCCGACGAGGAGGCCGGUAGGAAGGCUCAUCGCUCCAGUGCCGGGCCUGCGCUACAUCACGCCCGGUCCAACACUUCCAUGUCGAUUCACUCGAUUCGAUCGAGACGCAACUCCAUCGAUGCCGCAGCCGAGCUGCCCAUCCAGUACCGCACAGUAUCCAUCGAGAUAGAAGAAUACAAGACAAAAUCCGAAGCCAUCAAGAAGGCCAAAAAUGUCGCAACAGAGCUCUCGGAACUCGAAUGGCACAUCCUCUCUGUCGACGAGAUCCUCAGACGCCAGUCGUCCUCCCUCGCCGACGGCCUCUCCCCGGACCAAGUCCAGCGCCGCGUAGCACACUACGGCCGGAACGCGCCCUCUCCCGCGCCAACAAACCACACGAAGCGCAUCCUCGGAUACUUCUUCAAGGGCUUCGGUACCGUCCUGCUGCUAGCAUCGGUCCUCGUCUUUAUCGCGUGGAAGCCACUGGGCAGCCCGCCCGCCGUGGCGAAUCUGGCACUGGCCAUCGUCCUGCUGGCCGUCUUCUUCAUCCAGGCCGCCUUCAACAUGUGGCAGGACUGGUCCUCAUCGCGCGUCAUGAACUCAAUUAAGACGAUGCUCCCCGAGAACUGCAUGGUCAUCCGUGACGGCCACCAGGCCGAGCUUCUGGCUGAUCAGAUCGUCCCCGGCGAUAUCCUAAUCGUCAAGUCGGGAAACAAGUUGCCUGCCGACGUACGCUUCCUCAAGGUCUCUUCCGACGCCAAGUUUGACAGGUCCAUUUUGACGGGCGAAUCGGUCCCUCUGCCUGCUUCGGUUGACUCGACCGACAACAACUACCUCGAGACACGAUGCAUCGGUCUUCAGGGCACUCACUGCGUAUCGGGCACUUGCACGGGGCUGGUGGUGGCCACGGGCGACAACACCAUCUUCGGCCGCAUCGCCAAGCUGACCAACGAGCCCAAAAAGGGGCUGACGACCCUGGAGCGCGAAGUGUUGCACUUCGUGCUCAUUAUCUGCUCCAUCAUGUUCCUGAUGAUUGUCAUCGUUCUGAUAGUCUGGGGCACAUGGUUGAGGAAGCAGUACCCCAACUGGAUCAACGUGCCAAACUUGAUCAUCUCCUGUGUCUCUGUUGCUGUGGCCUUCAUCCCCGAGGGUCUGCCAGUUGCUUUGACUGCUAGCAUGACGAUCAGCGCCAACAUGAUGCGGAAGAACAAGAUCCUGUGCAAGUCGCUCAAGACGGUCGAGACUCUCGGGUCCGUCUCCGUCAUUUGCUCCGACAAGACUGGCACGUUGACUCAGAACAAGAUGAUUGUCACCGAGUGCGCCAUCGGCACGAUGACGAUGACGGCCGAGGGUGCCCGGGACGCGCUCACGCUCAACAAGCACAACGCCCCGCACAACAACUCAAUGGAGCAGCUGCGUGCCAUUGCCGGUCUCUGCAACGCCGGGCAGUUCGACGCCGCCACGAUGCGUCUGCCGCUCCACGAGCGCGUCAUCCACGGCGACGCCACGGACCAGGCCAUUCUGCGCUUCUCCGAGAGUCUGGGCCAGGUCGCCGAGCUGCGUCGCUGCUGGCAGACCAAGUACGAACUCGCCUUCAACAGCAAGAACAAGUACAUGAUCCGCGUGCUGGGCCUGUCCCACCCCGACGGCCUUUCGUUUGCCCUGCCUUCUGAUACCGCUUCGGUCUUCCAGCCGGGUGAUGUUCUUUUGACCAUCAAGGGAGCCCCCGAUGUUCUUAUGCCCAGGCUCAGCAACUACAUCAACCCCUCCGGAUACACCACUGCUUUGGACCCUUCCACGCGUGCUUCCAUCGAGCACAUCAAGGAUGAGUGGUCGUCCCAGGGACGCCGCGUGCUGCUGCUCGCUCGCAAGGCCAUCUCGAGAUCGGCCCUGAAGGGAAGCCCGUCCGACAGCUCGUACGAGAUGGAGAUCAACAACCAAGCCAAGUCCGGGCUCACUCUCGUUGGUCUGGUGGGCAUCGUUGACCCGCCCCGUCCCGAGAUCCCCGAGGUCAUGAACACCCUUCGUGGCGCCGGCAUCCGCAUCUUCAUGGUCACUGGCGAUUUCGCCCUUACGGCCCAGGCCAUCGCGGCCGAGUGCAACAUCAUCAGCGUCCCCCGCUCCCAGAUCGACGACAUAACGGCGCUCCAGCGCGUGAGCCACGUCGACCCGUCGAUAAAACCCGUCAUGGACGAUCUCGAGUCCUCGCCGCGCCAGGCCCUGGUGCUCUCCGGCCCCGAGCUGAUGACGCUCAACGAGGAGCAAUGGGACCAGCUGGCGCAGUAUCAGGAGAUCGUCUUCGCGCGCACGACGCCCGAGCAGAAGCUCCGCAUCGUGCGCGAGCUGCAGGCCCGCCACGAGAUCGUGGGCAUGACGGGCGACGGCGUCAACGACGCGCCCUCCCUGCGCGCCGCCGACGUCGGCAUCGCCCUGGGCUCGGGCAGCGACAUCGCCAUCGAGGCCGCCGACAUGGUGCUCCUGGACUCCUUCUCGAGCGUCGUCGAGGCCCUGCGCUACGGGCGCAUGAUGUUCGACAACCUCAAGAAGACCGUCGCCUACCUGCUCCCGGCCGGCAGCUUCUCCGAGUUCUGGCCCGUCAUGACCAACGUCAUGUUCGGCAUCCCCCAGAUCCUGAGCAGCUUCCUCAUGAUCAUCAUCUGCCUCUUCACCGACGCCGCCGCCGCCAUCGCCAUGGCCUACGAGGCGCCCGAGGCCGACGUGCUCCUCCGCAAGCCCCGCGUCCCCGGCAAGGACCGCCUCGUCGACUGGCAGCUCGUCGUCCAGUCCUACGGCCUCGUCGGCGUGCUCGAGACGCUUUCGUCCUUCGCCAUGUCGUACUGGUACCUCGAGCGCAACGGCAUCAAGUUCUCCGACAUCUGGUUCUCGUUCGGCAACCUCCCCUCGACCAUCGACCCGGACUACUACCAGCAGAAGCUCAACAUCGCGAGCUCCAUCUACUUUGUCAACCUCGUCGUCAUGCAGUGGUUCAACCUCAUGGCCAUCCGCACCCGCCGCCUGUCGCUCUUCCAGCACCCGCCCGUCGGCAACAGGCGCACCCAGAACCUGUACCUGUUCCCGGCCAUCGCCUUCGCCCUCCUCAUGGCCAUCUUCUGGCUUUACGUCCCCGAGUUCCAGAAGACGCUCGGCACCGCGCCGGUGCCGGUCGAGUACUGGUUCCUGCCCAUGACCUUUGGUCUCGGCAUCCUUCUCAUUGACGAGGCGAGAAAGUUUGCAGUGCGCAGGUGGCCGAACGGCAUUUUGGCCAAGUCAGCCUGGUAG